GGGCGGCUUGGGCUAUCUACAGGCUAUUGAAUCUGAUGUAACUUCACCUUGAGUUCAGGUGAGAACCAUGACUGUGCGCAGUCGCGCCUUGCUAUCAAGCUUUGCAGCUAGGCUUGGCGUGGAUCUCAGAAUGAUCUUCACAUCAGCUCCAUGACCUCAACCCUCCACCUGAGAGCACCUUCGCCCACAAUGCCAGGGCGGUUCCCAACGAUAGAUGACUUUGCAUCCUCUGCAAAUCUCAGCAUCACCCCCCCACCUUCCUCACAGCAGCCUACGAAUGUGCUGAUAUUACUACACGGUUUGGGCGACACCAGUGCCUCAUUCAUGCGACUAGGGCAGCAGCUCUCCCUACCAGAGACAGCAUGCAUCGCCGUUCAAGCCCCGAAUCCACUUCCGUUCGACCUCGGCGGCUACCACUGGGGUGACGACAUCAUCUUCGACCAGAAUUCAGGGGGUAUGGAUAUGGAUACUGGCUUCAAGGCCUCUACGCGGCUUGUACUCGACAGAAUAAUACAGGAAGGUCUCAUCGGAAAAUGCGGCUACAGAGCCCGCGAAAUCAUGAUCUUCGGCUACGCGCAGGGUGGCAUGGUGGGACUACAGGCCGCUGCCGAGUUGGAUAACGAUGAACUGGGAGGAGUAAUCAGCAUAGGCGGCAUGCUGUCCUUCUCGCUGCCGUUGAAGGCUUUGGACAAGAAGAGCAAGACUCCAGUGCUGGUCUGUAAGGCAUCAAAAGGAUCAAAUGUCACAGACGGCGCUGUCUCAAGGCUGAAGGAUGCCUUCCAGUUUGUUGAGGUAAAGGAGUGGAAGAAGAAUGGAGAUGGAAUGCCGAGCAGCAGGGAAGAGAUGCUGCCGAUCAUGCAGUUCUUUGCUAGAAGGCUGAGGAGUACGAGAGGAGUGCCUGCAGGGAGCGUAGAGCUGACUUGAAAUGAGCUCAGCUGCGCCACCCUAUCACGAAAAAUAUCUGGAUGCUCCUCAUACAGAAACGCCAGCUGGGCCGUCUACACCGGAACGCGCCAAUGCAUAUUCCAAGAAACGCGUAUGGUGCGACGGCGGCUCUCAGUCAGUCAAAUUACACUCCAGCAGGCUUAAGGCUAUCAGAGGUACAGAUUUGCUUCACCAACGAGGUUCUUUAGCCUUACUUCUUCAAUAUCAUUUGCGCGUCUUACUGAGCACGAGCCACAUAUUUACAUAAGCGCACAU